AUGUUUCGAGUGGUCAACCAUUUAUUAAAGCGGGGUGCAAAAAUUAACGCUGUACAAACAAGUGGUUUCUAUGCAGGAUAUACAAUUUUACACCAUGCUUGCGAAGAAAGUGAACAAAAAAUAAUAAACGCUCUUCUUUUUACAUAUAACGCCGAUCCUAAUAUAAUUGCAUCAAAUGGAGCUCAGCCUAUCCAUGUUGCUGUGUUGUUGGGACGUUUGACAGCGGUAAAAUCGGAAGAAAGUUACGGUACUGAACAAACUUUAUUAACUUACGCAGUCAUCAAUAGAAACGCUGAGUUAGUAGCGUUGCUGAUGAAAUACAAUGCUAAUGUUGACAUCUGUAAUCAUAUGAAUAAAACGUUGUUGAUGUACAUAGUGGAAAAUAAUCUGAAAGAAGUUGGUGUUGCACUUAUACCAAGGUUGAAGAAGAAAGAAAUUAACAGACGGGAUAAAAAUGGUUUGACAGCUAUUCAUUAUUUGAUCGGCUUAGAAAAAAAUACAAGCCGUCGAAAACUUAUUGAUGAUGAUAUAGCUUUGUUCGUUGAAUUACUCUUUCAUGCUGGUAGUAAUUUUGAUGCGACAGUAAAUGGAGAUCCAAAAACAAUGCUCUUCAAUUUCGCAGUUGCUAAAAGUUUGUGGAAUACUGUGUAUUUUUUAGUGUAUCAUUAUUCUUAUCAACCACCUCCAGCUGGACUUUUAUUAUAUACUAUCCAAGGUGGUGAUAUUUACAAAAGAAAACCGAAGAUGCUGUUCCAUGGAAAUUGCAGAGCGCAGAAUUUAUUAUACUCUCUACACUCUAGACCUGUAUUUAAUUUUCCCGUUUACCCAGAAUCCGUCGAGUUAAUGAAGUCUUUGGUUGAAAAAUAUCCUGAAAUAGAAGAUUUUGUUUUGAAUGAAUGUGAGAAAAAACUUCAGUUUUCAAUUUAUCGAUUUAAACAAACGGUACUAUCUUUUGGGGAUCAAAAAAUCUCGAUAUAUGACAUUACAAAAAAAAGUGGUAAAGAACUUUUAAUAUUAAUUCGGAACAAGGAGUUUUUACGAGUUUUUAAUAAUCCAGUGAUUGAUAAGCUCUUUUAUAGCGAUGAAAACUUUCAAUUACUUAAAGUUCAUGUGAAGAAACUUGAAAAGCGAAUUUAUUUACUGCGUCGGUAUGAUCAAAUAAUGUUUACCGAAAAGGAUGCUUGGUGUCACUUGCCUUAUGAUUGUAUUCGUAAUAGAAAAAAAUUUUAG